AUGGAGUUAUAUUCGGGAGAUGCGUAUUUAUCAAUCAAAAGUGAUCUGCUUGGUUCCGACGAAGAAGAAGAAAAAUAUAAAUCGGAGUCGGGAACGCAGACUCAAAAAUGUUUAAGUAAUAAAGGAAAACUAUCAUCCAAUAGUAUAAUGAAAGCGUCUAUCAGCAGCGGUUUGAAACAAAUAAUACCGACUAACAAACCGAAAAGAAGACGAGUUAAAUUAAUGAACUGGAAAAGAUAUCAUAAGUUAAAUGUAAUUUAUUCUUUUCUGGACGAACUUGAGAGAGACUAUCCGGCGAUAUGUACAGUGUCUGUAAUUGGAAAAUCGGUUGAAGGAAGAGAUAUUAAGAUGUUAAAAAUAUCGAACAGUGACGCCAGUAACGCUGCUGUCUGGUUAGAUGCAUCAAUACAUUCAAGAGAAUGGAUCAGCACAGCUGUUGUUACCUACUUAGCUGAAUUCAUCGCUAAGAAUUUUCAGAAACACCCCAAUUCGAUUACUAAUAAAGACUGGCACAUUGUACCGGUAUUAAAUCCAGAUGGCUAUGUGUUCUCACAUACUAAAGAUCGUAUGUGGAGAAAGAAUAGAGCGCAUCACGAGGGAGAGCGCGUGGGAGUCGAUCUUAAUAGGAAUUUUAGCUAUGGGUGGGGCAAUAAUGGCGACCAAGGUUCGUCAGGAGAGCCAACUAACGUGUUCUAUAGAGGUCCUGCGCCGUUUUCUGAACCGGAGACAGCAGCAGUACGGGACACGAUCCUCGGGUCAGCGUCGCCAUUCAAAGUAUUCCUGUCGUUCCACAGUUACUUUGAACUGAUAAUUUUCCCUUGGGGAUACAAAUGUGAGCCGUGUCCUGACUACUUACACUUAAUGGAGGCCGGCACGGUCAUGGCAAGGGCAAUAUAUGAAUGUACUGGUAUGAUCUACAAGGUUGGAAGCACGAAGGACCUUACCUACUUUGCAUGCGGUACAAGCACAGACUGGAGUUAUGCUAUAGCAAAAAUACCAUAUUCCUUCAUGAUUGAGCUACGUAGCAAAAAAUAUAGAUUCCGGCUCCCGAAGGACCAAAUUAGUGAAACGUGUAUAGAAAUCUCACACGCUGUAACCAGUUUAAUGGAUUUCAUAGAUAACACCAAAUUUAAAUUUAAAUCAAAAAAAUAA